AAAGGGGAUCUCAGGGUCAGAGCGCAUCAGCACACAGACAGCGCGGUGCUCUCCAGUCCCCACCAAUUAAGCUCAGGGUCUAGUGAGCAGCCAGAGAGCCUCGUCCCGUUCCCACCCCCAUUGCUUGCUCUGACUGCUCCGCCGUGCGUGCGUCACCCGCGCUCGGGAGGUGAGUGGUUUGGUUGCGCAGCCAACUGCCGGCCCGGCACCGUACCGCUUGUUCGCUUCUGAGGUUGUGCGGAGUGGUUGCUGGCCUGGCCGUGGCCGGCAUACCGAUAAAGGCGAGAGACAAGGCGUUGUCUCACUCUCAUCCGUCGUCCGUCUCGUCUCGGCUUUCUCGCCUCCUCGGCGGCAGCGGUGUUCCACUCCCAUCGCGUCGGGACAUAGAAAGGGGGAGCGCGGGCGACACGCGAGCGUUAGUUGCCAUGGACGCGCCCUUCUUCCACGAGCUCAGGCGGCAGGCCUCCUCCUACCUCACCGGCAAGAUCCGCUCCGCGCGGCUGGCGCUCACCGACGUCACCCCGACGCAGCUCAUGACGGAGGAGGCGACGAACGGGGACGCGUCGCCGCCGAACGUCAAGACGAUGGGCCUCAUAGCCCGGCAGGCGUUCGAGGUCGACGAGUACGUCAGGAUCACGGACAUCCUGCACAGGCGCUUCGCGAGCUUCGACCCCAGGCAGGGGCAGGGGCAGUGGCAGUGGCGGGAGGCGUACAAGGCGCUGCUCCUCCUGGACCACCUCCUCACGCACGGGCCCCGCAGCGUCGCGGUCGAGUUCCAGAAGGACAGGGAGGCCAUCGAGCGGAUGGCCACCUUCCAACACAUCGACGAGAGAGGCUUCAACUGGGGACGGACGGUGACGAGCAAGUCGGAGCGCGUGCUCAAGCUGCUGGAGCGCGGCCCGUUCCUGGAGGAGGAGCGCGAGCGGGCACGCAAGAUCGCGCGCGAGAUCAAGGGCUUCGGCAGCUUCAACCUCAGCAGCGCCUCCCACGCCGCGCCACAGCCACCACCAGGUGACGAGGGAAGCCGCGGCUACGGCCGGAGCAACUCGCAGUUCGAGCAGCGGUGGAGGCACAAGGACGGCGACGACAGCGACAAGGAGAAUCUGAUCCAGAGCCCGGAGCCAGCACGGGUCGCGCGGGAAGUCGAGGCCGAGCCGGAGGAGCCGCACCACCACCCGUUCCACGGGCUCGGGCAAAAACAGCGGCCGGAGGCGAUGCUGCUCCUGAGCCAGUGACGGGAUCAGUCGGUUCGUGUCAUGGUGAUAUGAAAAAGAACCGUGUGCUCUGCUCGACUCAACUAGCUUUUCUCCAUUCCUCAAGGCUGCAGGGGUCGGAGGCAGUGAUGGGAUCAGUCAGUACUUUACUGACACUGCUUGGUGCACCAUGCAUGAGAACUUUGAUGUCUCAUGUAGUAGUCAUGUCUGCUUCGCCUUGUAAAUAAUUCUAUGCUUCAGUUCG